GAACCCCUCAGUCACCAGUUGUUUUAUUUUUGCACUCUUGUGCACCACCAGCCCUUUUUUUGGCGAAGGCGGCAGGAAAGCAGGAAAGAAUAAUUUUCUCAUGAUCUUGUUUUACCACACACCCACUAUGCAACCCACCAUCAAUCAAUGUGGUUCACCCCUCACUUUGCUAUGCGAGUUCGGAUGGAGUAGCAGAAAGUAUAAGUAGAAUGAUUUUUUGGGGGUCUUUGCUGAUACAUCCCGCAUGUUUUCUCUUUCCCCCUCCCCCCAUAUACAAGAUCUCCUCAGAUUUCUGGCUACCAGUGCUGUAGGUCUCACAGGAAACAAACACCGCACCGGAUUGCUGCUGUCACCAAUUGCGUCCUAUUCAAACUCGCAAUUGCAAAGCAUGCUCUCUAGCAAACGAGCCGUUCGGGCAGUUCCGACAUAAUUCGGCCUAGGUAGGCUUAUCGAGUGAGGGGUCAUUCGAUAAGAGAAUCCAUCUCCUUAAACUCCACAUCUUGCUUUACUAUUAAACCCUCCACUCCCCCAAUAAUAGCAAUUUCCUCAAUUCAAAGCAAAAAUGUCACCCUCUCGUACAUCGCCGCCUCCUGCUGCCUCUAAGGGCCUCACAAAGGAGCAGCUCGACACCUUUAACAAAGAUGGUUACUUGAUAAUCCCAGGAGCUCUCUCCCAAGAAACGGUUUCCUCCCUGCUAUCCGAGACUCAUUCUAUGUUGAACAAUUUCUCGCUGGAAGAUCAUCCCAUGACGAAAUUUAGUACGGGGGAAGGAGAUGACGUUGAACAUGUUGGGGAUAGUUAUUUUCUGGAGAGUGGUGAUAAGAUAAGAUUUUUCUUUGAAGAAGACGCACUCUCCCCAACAGGCGAACUCUUAAAACCUAAACACCUCUCCAUAAACAAAAUCGGGCAUGCUCUCCAUUCACUCUCGCCCCCCUUCGCCGCGCUCCUUUCCCCAAAUGCCACACACUCUCCUUCUCUCAUCGCGCAAUCCCUCGGUUUCAAGAAACCCCAAUGUUUGCAAUCAAUGAUAAUUUGCAAGAACCCUGAAAUUGGCGGCGCAGUCCCCCCCCAUCAAGAUUCCACAUUCUUAUACACCGAUCCACCUAGCGCAGUGGGAUUUUGGUAUGCGCUCGAGGAUGCAACGAGGGAAAAUGGAUGUUUGAGUUUUUGGCCUGGGAGUCAUAAGUGGGAGAAGGUGGGGAAGAGAUUUGUUAGGAGGAAAGACGGUGGGGGAACGGAGUUUGUGGAGAAUGAGGGGGAGGUUUUCCCGAGGGGUUUGGAGAAGAAGGAGAAGGAGGGAGAGGAAAAGGAAGGCAGCUAUGUAAUGGGCGAAGUUAAAGCGGGAGAUUUGGUGCUUAUUCAUGGGAAUUUGUUGCAUAAGAGUGAGAGGAAUACGAGCGGGAAGGGGAGAAUUAUUUAUACUUUCCAUGUUAUUGAGGGGGAGAAUGUGUAUGAUGAGAGGAAUUGGUUGCAACCUCCUGAGGGGGGCUUUACUAGGCUGUAGAGUGUGAUUUAGAAAUUAAAAUGCACAGCGUGAAAUUUCGCUUCAUGGUGGUUA